GUUUAGCUCAGGGGUCAUGGAAGCGACCUCAGAGAAGCGGCUGCGGCCAAUCUUGACGUCCAUCUUGACGACGUCUGCCAACACUUCCCGUAACAGCACACCCAAGAGCACAACGUCGUCAACUAGUAUCACCGUCCCGCCCAUGAAGCGCCGCGUGUCCUUUACGAAUCUAGUGGGCAACCCCGAGCUGCCGAUCCCAGACAAACUAGAGGACAUCCUCGAAGCCGACUUGAAUCGCACACCCAGUGGCAAACCUCUCGAGAGCACGAGCCCUACACGCGUGGUCGAGACCACAGACUUGCAUCACGCCUGCCGCCACCUCGACGUCGACCGUGCGGCGGUGUUCCUCGCGCACGCCUCGUCCGAUUCCGUCAACUUCGUGUCCGUGGAAGACGGGUACUCGGCGCUAACUCUUGCAGCGAUGGCCCCCGACUCCCACUUCGACGUCAGCCUGCGACUAGCUCAGCUGCUGACGCAUCAUGGCGCGAGUGUUUCGCUCCCGGAUUCCCAAGGGUUUACGGCUCUGCACUGGUGUGCAGCCGUGGGCAACGCAUCGGUCCUCCAGCAUCUCCUCGCGAUGGCUCCAUCCUCUUGCAUGGACCUUCCUGGGGCGAAUGGGGACACGGCGCUGCACCGCGCUUCUCGCUUUGGCCAUGCUGAUUGCAUUCGGCUGCUGCUACUCCAUGGGGCGUCGACUUGUGCGCUCACUCUGGACAUGCACACUCCGCUGGAUGUAGCAGGGUUUGCAGAUGGCUCCACCGUGUACGAAGCGUCGAGGACGGCGGCGCGGGCGGCAUUCAUGUCUUCGCGGCCGCAGCUCAAGACGCUGGUGCUGCAUCACCCAGACUGCCACGAGCACAUGACGGCGGCCUCGCAUCAGGAGUCGCCCCUUCGACUUGCCGCCAUCCUCGAUCCCAUCCUCCAACACCCUCAGGAGACGAUCCACGUCGACGUAUCAUCAUCAUCAUUCCACCCAUCCGGAAUGAUGGUCGUCUCGUCCGACUUUGCCUUUGUGUCCCUAUCGGUUGUGCGCCGCGUCCACAGCGCCAAGUACGUGGACACACUCAAAGCUCUGCACCACCAAGUGCAGUCCCACACGGACGGAUGCAUGGCGCUGACGCCCCGGCUUCAAGUGCACGUGCAAGGCACGGCCGUGGCCGCCGCCAAGCUCGAGUCUAUUUGCGAUACCAACUUCAGUCGCGGCACACUCAAGGCGGCCUUGAGGGCCGCCGGAAGUGUCUGCCAUGCAGUCCAUGCUGUGGCCAUGGGGAAGUAUCGGAAUGCAUUUUGCGUCGUGCGGCCGCCCGGCCAUCAUGCAGGAUGGAGCGGACUGCUCAAGGACUCCAUCUCGUGUGGGUUCUGCAUCUUGAACAACGUGAUGAUCGGCGCCCAGUACGCGUUGGACACGUGUCCCCAUGUGAAGAAGGUGGCGAUCGUGGAUUUUGACGCCCAUCACGGCAACGGCACGCAGGACAUCUUGACGCAGCACCCACGGCCGAAUGUGCUCUUCAUCUCGCUCCAUGUGUUCGCGGAAGGAUUCUACCCCGGCAGUGGCGGUGACCACGACUACGCACGCAACAUUUAUAACUUCCCCAUACAUCCCAUGUGGACCCAUGCCAAGGACAAGGGCAGCGCCGCCUUUCGCGCGAAGGUCACGCAGGUGGUGCUUCCGCUGCUGCGGGCGUUCGGACCCGACCUCAUACUCGUCUCGGCAGGAUUCGACGGAUGCCACUAUGACAUUGGCAACAAACAGUACGGUCAGAGAGAUGGCCCCGUUGGAUUGGACCUUUCACCAGGGGACUUCCACUGGGUCACCACGCAGCUCAUGCUCAUGGCGAAUCUCUGUUGCAACGGACGCCUUGUCUCGGUGCUGGAAGGCGGAUACGGUCGUGUGCGCACUGAACACGACGACAAGGACGAUACUUCACCCGACGGUGCGGUUGCAGCUUCACCUGAUGGGUCUCAACCUGGGACCUCGCCAGAGGACAACCACGCCACGACUGCCCCACUCAUCCUCGAUACCUUGCAAGCAUCUGCACAUGCCCACCUCCAAGCCCUUACCUGCCAAUCCUACGUCGAACCUCCUCCUGUCAAGACACGGACGUCCACACGAACACCCGCGCCAACGUUCAAGGCGGCACGCGCGAAGAGGAAGAAGUUGACAUAGUUAGAAAGUUCGGGGACGUCCGGAUAACGAAUCCGGAUAAUUCAAAGAUGAAACCGCCA